CAUAGUACUUUUACUUAUCGUUGCAUACGAUUUUAAAUGAUAAGAAAUAAAUGGUGAAUUUGAACUGAACAUUAAGCUAUACUGUAGUGACGUACAUCUAAAACAAUGAGGAAAUUUGCGAUAUUGCUUAUUCUUGGAUUAUCCUUUGUACUAACCAGCAGUAUAUGUCCUAAUGGUUGGGUACGGCACGGCGGGUCAUGUUACCAUUUUAGCCACGACACGGAGGACUGGCCUGGUGCCACGAUAAUGUGUGAAAGGAUGGGUGGGAGUCUCGUAGAGAUUGAUGACGCAGUAGAAGAUAAAUAUCUCUAUUCGCAGGUCCGAGUGUUUAAACAAGCAUACUGGAUUGGUUUGUCUGACGUCAUGGAAGAAGGAAGCUGGGUAUGGAUGAUAACAAACCGGCCGGUAGAAUCCGGUGUAUACACUAACUGGAUACCUGGGCAACCGGACAACAAUCAUAGUAAUGAGAAUUGUGCCGAAAUAUGGCCAACUAAUGGUCAGUGGAACGAUGGACAAUGUCAUGUUCCACAUAAUUACAUUUGUGAAAAAACUGACGAGCAGAGUUCGAUAAUUGGUUGACCUCUAUGGAGGCUAUUCGUUGCCAAAAAUCCAGCCUUUGAAACUUGACAAUGCAUACUUCGGUGUAAUAUGUCACAACUUUAGUGAUCUAAAUAUUAGUAUCGUAUUUUAAAGAUUCUGUUUUAUUGAAUUCUAACUGAUUAUAUGAACUUGAAUAUAAAGAUAUUUUGAAAUAUAAUAAUAUCUUUACACA